AUGACUAUCUCCUAUGAUGACUCUUCGGUCUGGUCUGCCACAAACGCAGAUGCCAAAGAGUCGCUUAUAAAACUCAUGGUAUCAACGCUUGAGUGCGUGAUUUGUCUGGAAACAAUGCACAUCCCGUUUCUCCUAUCUUGCGGUCACUCAUUUUGCUAUGGCUGUCUUGAUUCCUGGUUCAAGAACAAAUUGAAUUGUCCCACCUGCCGCCACAACCUUGUCGAGCCACCCACACUAAAUAAGGGUCUUCGCGAAGUAAGUAAUGGCAUAACUGAACUUUUUUUCGAGUCUCUACAAGAUGAGGAACAGAAAACGAAAUUGAAAGAAAUCAAAAAGACCCAAGAAGAUGAAUUUGAGGAGGCUCUGAAAAGCAAAAUCAAGCUCUUUUCUGACAGUUUCCUGCUGGCCCCAAGACUCAUUGACACCUCUGAUGGUGUUCCAAGAUGUGGUAAUUGUCACUGGGAGGUUCAUGGAUCUGUCUGUCUACACUGUGGCCAGAGUGUCAGGCAUCCUGGAAGCGACGGAUACUAUGACUCCAGUGAUGGCGAUGCAUAUAAUGAGGAUGAACAGGAAGUGGAGCUCUUUGGCGUCACUGGCGAUGCUUAUGACAGUGAGGACAGCUUUGUCGAUAAUCGAGAUGAUGAGGUGAUUAUUAAUGACGUUGAAUCGGAAUCUGAAAAUUCCGUUGAUCUAGAUGGCAGAAGAUCGCAGCGCUUCUCUCAUCGCCGUCAGAGAAAUGCAGCCAGUAUCAUAGAUGACGAAGCAAGCGAGGAUAGCGAUAGCGCCAUGAGCUCGUAUAAUGGAGAAGGUACUUUUCCAACUCACGGAACGCGAUACGAUGGAUCUAGAGAUUCGCUUAAUGUGUCUCACGUGGUGAGCGUCUCUAGCGAUUCUGACGAAGGGGACUCCAUGGACACGCGAGAUUAUGACAUGAGAAGAGCAGUUGACCGCUUGCAUCAGAACCACAUUGAGGAGAUUUAUGACGAUGAAGACGAGGAGGGCAGUGGUCUUGAAGAAGGUCAUUUUGCUGGCUUCAGCGAUAGUGACAACCAGAACAGCCUGGGAGAUGAAGGGAUAAUGCGCAGCCGUCGUUCCAAUUACCGGACUAUUUCCUCGGACGACGAAGAUUAG